UUCUUUCGUCAGCAAAGCUAAUUUGCAUAAAUUUCUUUCAACUAGAUAUAAUCAAAGUAAACUUCUGUUGAAAAUAAAUAAAUACGCCACUAGCUUUAAAAUUAAUUUUUGGCGGAUUGUUUAUGACAGCUCAUCUUGAUCUUGUAGCUUGAGCUGGCAACAAAACACAAUCGAGGCCCAAAGAUAAUAGAUAAGUAUGUUUCAUAUCAAAUUAUCUUUGAUUGCGCUGCCGCGUUUAUAAAUAGACAAAUGUGCUAAAAUGAGGAAAAAGGAAAUUGUAUUUGAUUCGGAAAAAAGAAAAAAUUUUCUGACUGGCUUUCGAAAGCGAAAAAAUGAACGUCGUGCUCGUGCUAAGGAAGAACUGGAGCGCAAUAUCAAAGAGGAGCGCAAAAGGAUCAGGAAUGACGUUAAAAGCAGCAUGGCUAAACUGAAGAAAACAUUUCAGCCACUCGUCCUAGAUCCUGAGAUAGAGCAAAAUUGCCUUGAAAAGGAAUACGAAGAUGAGGAAGUGCAAAUAAAUGUCAUAGAACUAUCGCGGGAUAAUCCGAAAAAAGAAGAGGAUUCGGACAAGGAUUCUACCGUAAACGAACCACCUGCUGCAGAUUCCUACAUUAAUUCCAUACCAGGAAUGGAUUUCAGUCCUGAAAAAGAAAGUAAGGAGAAACAGAACAAGCCUAAAGAUGUAGAAAGAACAACACCAGAUCUUGCUAAAAUCGGAAGUAAAAAGAUGCUAGAUAAAUUAAAGAAGAAGAAGGCCUUGAAAGAAAUUAAGAAAAGUAAAGUCUUCAAACAAAAAGAACGUUUUGAUAAGAAAAAACAGCAUAAAAAUAAGCGAGACCAAAAACAUUCCAGAUCCAGCGCGAGUGGGGCUCAUGGAAAUAAAAGUAAACACAACCGAUUCAAUAGAGGCCAUGGACCAGGUCGGGGAAGAAGAAAGUAAUAAUAUUCGUUUUAAUUCAUAUUGUAAAUUCAAAUAAACAAAUUUACACUUAAGACAUAAA